UCUUCCUCUAUUCCUCAGAUUUCAUUUGUAGCUUCACAAACCCGCCUUCCAUUCUCACCAAUCAAGAAGAUUUCUCGCAGUUUUGCUAUUUUCUCGAUUCCCUAAAGCAUUUUUCUUUCAAAUUUACUCUAUAGCAGUCGUCAUCUCGGGAUUCUACUGCCUUGGCUAUACUUUGGUUCCAAUACAGAGUUAUAAAGAAUUUCAAAAUGGGUCUUGAAGGAUCAGGACGCUAACUUUCAAUUCUUCUAAAGCUAAAAGGGUAAUUUUUAUUUGAAUGGCCAGACCUCCAUUUUUUAUCACAAGCUUGUGCACCCGCAAUUCCCCAAUCCGUAACCUUAGUAUUGCUGGAACUAAUAGCGGGAUUGAAGGUGAAGUUGCUGCGCAAAACCCAGAUCAAUCAAGUUCAGAGAAUCAUCAAAGUGCGCAACAGAGCUUUGUUGAGAUAGCUAAAGAUGUGUGCAAAGUCAUCCGGACACGGCCAAGAUGGGAACAAACAUUGUUAUCCGAUUUUCCCACUGUUAAUUUUACUGAUCCAAGAUUCUAUACGGAGGUUGUGAAGGCACAAAAGAAUGCUCUGUUGUCACUUCGGUUUUAUUAUUGGCUUAGUUCUCAAAAUGAAUUUUCAAGGGAUCAGUUCUCGGACGAAGUAAUAUUUAGUGGGCUUGUACAAGCUAAGGCUGCCAGUGCUGCUAAAUGUCUUCGACAAAGUAUGAACUUUGUACUUCAACCUAGUUGUUUGGAGGCCUACAUUGAGUGUCUUUGUGCAAAUGAAUUGAUUGAGGACGCCCUCGAUGUGUUUACUGAAUUGAGAUGUGUUGGCCACUGCCCGUCAUUGAAAAUUUGGAAUUCAGCCCUUUCAGAUUGUAUUCGAGCUGGAAGAACUGACAUUGUCUGGAAAUUGUAUGAGGAUAUGACAGAUCUCGGUGUUGUAGCAGAUGUUGAUACGAUUGGGUACUUGAUUCAAGCUUUUUGUAUGGAGAACAAUGUUCCAAAAGGUCAUCAACUUCUUCGACAGGUCUUGGAAUCUGGGCAUGCCCCUAGUAAUGUUGCUUUUAAUAAACUGAUUUAUGAAUCAUGCAAGAGCGGAGAUUACUUUAGACUGUCAGCUCUUCUCCACGCAAUGAUUGCAACUAAUUGUUCUCCCGAUAUAUUCACUUAUCAACAAGUUAUUCAGGGACUAUGUGAAACGAGAAAGAGGCGUGAAGCUUUUCGGAUAUUUAAUGAUCUAAAGAAUAGAGGCUAUGCUCCUGAUAUCGUUAUGUAUACAACAAUGAUUAAUGGUCUCUGUAAAAUGAAAUUGCUUGGAGACGCCCGGAAAUUAUGGUUUGAGAUGAUUCAAAAGGGAUUCAAUCCUAAUGAGUAUACAUAUAACACACUGAUCCAUGGGUAUUUAACAACUAACCAUCUAAGUGAAGCUGAAAGUCUUUAUAAGCAAAUGCGUGAUAAAGGAUAUGGAGAGACCACAGUGACAUAUAACACCAUGAUUUAUGGGCUGUGUCUUUAUGGAAGAGUAGAAGAAGCUCAGAACUUGUUCGCUGAAAUGGCUGAGAAAGGUCUUCUCCAUGAUGUGAUCACAUACAAUUCUCUAAUUCAGGGUUUCUGCAAGAAUGAGAAGAUAGCUGAAGGGCUUCAAUUUUUAUAUGAACUUCUAAAGCAGGGGUUGCAACCAUCACCCGCUUCUUAUACAGUGUUAAUUGAGAAACUUUGUGAGGUCGGCCAUGUUGAGGAAGCGAAAUCAUUGUGGAAUGAUAUGCACUAUAGAGGUGUUAAACCUGCAACAUCGUCUCAGGAUUCUAUUAUACUCGGAUUGAUCAAGCAAGGAUAUGUAACAGAGGGGGUAGAUUGGCUGAGCAGUAUGCUGAAGGGUAGGCUCAGACCAAGGAGAAAAACUUUUGAGAAACUGAUUUAUCAUCUUUCUCAAGCAGAUAAGUUGGAUAACUCUUUAUUCAUUUUAGAUUACAUGCUUAGGUUAGGUUAUGCUGUUAGAGAAAGUAUUUUCCGUUCUCUAGUAAAUAAACUUUGCAAAGAUAACUCCCACCACAUUGAGAUGCAAAUGGGAAAUAUUAUCUGUGCAAUUCAAGGUGGUUGAUGUAUUACAGAUUGUAGCACCUUUAUCUUGUCUAAGGACAAAUGGGAAGAGAUGAUUUUUUGCUUUAUACACCUUGAUCAUGCAAUUUCCAUA